AUGAUGAAACCUUGGAGAUGUCAGAACAAAAGCUUGGGUAAGAACAUCUUUGGAGAGGACGAUGAGAAGAAGGGGGAUCCUCAAAGUUUGCGCUGGUCAUCGACGAAGACAAGAGGAAAUUCUGGAUUUUUUAUUUUGCUGUCUAUUUGGAGAUGGAGGAACGGAGGGAUUUAG